AUGGCCACGGCGACACGCAAACGCAGCCGUGAGGCCUUUGAAAUACACGAGGACCCCCCGCACGCCCGCACCGAAGACACCGAGAUGAUGGCCGGCUCCGAGCAACAUACCGAAGAGGUCGACGACGACGAAGAACCUGACGACGUCGACAACGAACCCUCUGAUGACAGCUCCGACGACGACGACGACGUUGUCGACUCGGCCGUUCAGCGCGACAUGGACCGCCUACAGGACGGCUAUCCUGGCUUCCGCCAAAAGUACCGUCUGAUCAAGCGCAUUGGCGAAGGCACAUUCUCAACCGUCUACAAGGCAGAAGACCUCCAGUACGACCGCUAUGAUAACGAUUGGGAUAUUGAAGAGAAGGACAACCCCGCCGGGAAAUGGACAUCGCCGCCCCUGAAGCCCUACCCGGCCGCCGCCGCCACGACGACGCGCGAACCCCGCCGUCGAGCCCGCUACGUCGCCAUCAAGAAGAUCUACGUCACCUCGUCCCCGACGCGCAUCCUCAACGAGCUCGAGCUGCUGCACGACCUGAGAAACUGCGCCGCCGUGUGUCCUCUGAUCACCGCCUUCCGCUCCACGGACCAGGUCGUUGCCAUUCUCCCCUACUUCCGACACGAGGACUUCCGCGACUACUUCCGCCAGAUGAAGGUCUCAGACAUGGCCAUCUACCUCCGCAGCUUGUUCACCGCACUCAAGGCCGUCCACGAACACAAGAUCUUGCAUCGCGAUAUCAAACCCACCAAUUUCCUCUACGACCCGCAAUCCCGACGCGGCGUGCUUGUCGACUUUGGCCUCGCUGAGCGCGAGGGCUCCGACAGCAAGCCCUGCCUGUGCCACGAGAGCAGGGACGUCCGCAAGCAGAGGAUCACCAACAGCGCGGCAUCGCAGAACGGGCCCCAACAAGGCUAUCCAAAGAACGACACCCGCCCAUCGAGGAGGGCAAACCGUGCCGGCACCCGGGGCUUCCGCGCUCCCGAGGUGCUAUUCAAGUGCACCGAGCAGACGACAAAGAUCGACAUCUGGUCGGCCGGCGUCAUCCUCCUGACCAUCCUGAGCAAGCGAUUCCCCUUUUUUAACAGUGCAGAUGACGUUGAGGCCAUGAUCGAGAUCGCCACCAUCUUCGGCGUCAAGCGUAUGAAGCAGGCCGGCCUGCUGCACGGCUGCAUGUUUGAGACCAACAUCCCCACUGUCGGCAGCGUCGGCUUUUCCCUGGGCAAAAUCAUCCUGUGGUCCACCUGCCGCACCGACGGCAGCAGGGACGGCCAGCCGGGAAUCCCCCUGACCGACGAGGAGACGACUGCCGUCGACUUCUUGGAGCGCUGUAUGGAGCUCGAUCCCGCCCGGCGCAUCAGUGCCAAGGAGGCGCUGGAGCACGACUUCCUCAAGGAGCCACAACCCAAGCAGGCGGCCGAGGCGACUGAGAUUGAGCCAGACAUCGUGGAGGAUGACGAUGAGAUGGACAUUGUGCAGGUGUAA